AUGUUGCAGCAGUCAAGGCCUUCACCAAGUGGGGAGGAUGUGCUGUCUGCUCUGCUACGCGUGCUCUCCGCUGUGCAGCUCGUCUCCCCCGCCUCCAAUGACUCAGCAGCAGCAGCAGGAGCAGCGACUGCAACGGCUGCUGCAGCAGCAGCAGCAGCAGCAACUUCUACUGCAGCAGCAACGGUGGACGCCAAUGGCACCUCUCACCCACACAAAGGCUCACAGCAUGUACUACAUGAGGCGCAGCCAGCUGCCCUUCUACUGAAGCAGCACCAGCCUUUAGAAAUGCAGCGGGUGCUGCUCAGCGACUCCAGCAUCCCCCAGCUGCUGCUGCGGGCAGUGCACUUGGCUAUGAACAGCGGUUUGCUGCUGCUGCGGCAACCGCAGCAGCAGCAAGAAAAGCAACAGCUGCAACACCGGAAGCAGCAGCAGCAGCAGCAGCAGCAGCAGCUUGAUCAGUUUGCCGCGGAUUUGUUGAGGGCUCGGAUUGCUCCUUUUCUUUUGCUUCCUUCUCCGUUCCCAUUUUGUCGCUAUAAGCAGGCAUUGUCUGUGGCUCCCCACUUCAACAGGCUCAUAGACAACAUCACAACAGACCCCCAGUGGCUGCUGCAGCAGCUGCAGCUUGCUGCAGCACACGAUUCCUUCCUCGCCCGCCUGCUGCGGAUUAUGCAGAGGGUGUACAUCAGCAGCAGCAGCAGCAGCAAAGGUGCGCCGCGCUCGAUUCAGAAGGACAUCCGGCUUCAUUUGCUGCGCACAGACUUCAUGCUGGACACCUCUAUCGAGCAGCAGCAGCAGCAGCAGCACCCAGCAGCAGCAGCAGCAACAGAAUCAGCAGCAGCAGCAGCAGAAGAGGCAAGAGCCUGGCCGCUGCGGCUGGUGGAGGUGAACACAAUUGCUGUUUCUUUUGCGGGCCUCAGCCAGCGCGUGUCGGAGCUGCACAGACACCUGCCUGUCCACAUAAUGCGCCUGUGGAGGAAAUGGCUGCUGCUGUUGCUGCUGCCCACCGCGCCUACGUAG